AUGGCUCCUACUCCUCUCGUCCCAAGCCCUGGUGCUGGCCUCAGCGCCGGCAUACGAGAGGACGAUUGCAACAUGAGAAACACGAUAAUUAUAGCGGCUGCAUGCGUUGUCUACACUAUUGCGGCGGUUGUAUUCUACGCCUUCCUCAACAGGUGUCGUUUUCUUCCCAAGUGGUACGAGAACUCAGCUAGAAGACUGCAUAACAAGAUCUUGCUGCUCUUGUGGCUUCCUGCCAUCUUAAUCUUCUGGCCCAUCGCUUUAGCCCUAGCUAUCUCUUCCAAAUGCGGCUUCGACAUCGUCGACAAGUUGACCAACCUCUUGCGACGGGUCAAGAGGACUGGCAACGCCAUGGGUCGCCACAUCAGCGGAGAGCGAAGGGAAGGAAUGGAGCUUGAAAGAUGGGAAGAGAUCGAACUCGAAGAGGGAAACUCUGACGUUAUCCGAAAGAACACCACCAUGGGAAACUUCAUUAACCCUUUCGACGAUAGAGGUCGCCUAAGUACCAGAAGUUCAAGCGGGUCCAGUAGCAGCGACCAGUCGCCCACAGAUCGUCGGGCCUCCCCUUCGGCCACGGAGACCACCCCUAUUAGGUGGUAUGAGAGGCUUCCUUCACCUACAGAAAUGGCAAGAGCUCUCGAUCAGGCGGUCUCUAGCAGUCACGGCCGUCCUUCGUCAGCGGAACGCUCCAGGAGCGAAAGUCCUUACUCCGACGACGGUAAUGCUCGGCAACCAACGGCAAUUCCGGUUGAGAGCGUGAAUACAGCGGUAUCGGAUCCGGGCAGAAAGUCAAAGAUGAAGCGAAAGUUGCAGACUAUUCCCGAGCAGACUGAUGAAGUCAAAGAGUGGGAGACAAUGAUCAUCUGA